UGACUGUAUAUAUGUUUAGGAGUUUAAUAAUGGAGUAGAUUUUAAUUGAGUGUACAUCUACGGCAUCAGAGUUUUAACUGACAAAGCGUGUUUUAAAGUGUGCUUGAAUUGCGUGGGAAGGAAAGGGAUGGCCAGGGACUGUAAAUAUUUCGAAGAGUAGAGAAAUUGAUCUACCAGACUCCUGUGAAUUUCCCCGUCUAUGUGACCCACCUUACGAAAGUGAAAGAUCACGUAUCGAGAUCAGCCGGCUUUUGAAAUUGGCUUGCAAGAUCGGGGUUUUAUAUAUUCAUAGUUUUAUUUAUUCAUUUUUUAUUUGUUUUCAGCUGAAAUAAGGGGAAGCGGGUCCUUCGGGGAUGAAUGUCAAGGAGGGAGUGUAAGGAAGAUGAAUGGUUUGAAUGCUUAAAAGUCGCGACUUUGAAUAAUGUGGCAGUUUAAACAAGGAGUUUGUGUUUAGUGUUUUUUCGGGCUGAUUAUGUGGGCACAUGAUUACUAAAUCCGCAAAAGCUCUGUUAAUUCUGCAAGUUUUUGUUUAGUAGUUUUUGGGCUCUUCAAUAGGGCACAGGAUUACUAAAUCCGCAAAAGUUCAUUCAAUUGUUGGAUAAUGGUGAGAUCUGGGCUUAACGGUUGCAGCAGCAGGGCCCGUGUUUUAGUUAUCGCGGUUGCAGCGUUGACGUUUCUGCUGGGUUUGGAUGGGGUUCACGGCGUCGGUGUUUUGAAUUUACAUCAUAAGUUCGCCCACAAAUGGAAUUCUUCUGACAGAAUUAAGGAUUUCAGGGAGCAUGAUUCCAGGCGCCAUAGCAGAAUUCUGUCAAACGUCGACAUUCCAAUUGGUGGCUCUGCGAAUCCCAAUAUUGCAGGGCUGUAUUAUGCUCAAAUAGGAUUAGGGGUUCCAGCCAAGCAGUAUUUUGUUCAAGUGGAUACAGGAAGUGAUAUCUUGUGGGUUAGUUGCACUCCUUGCGCAAAAUGCCCAAAGUCAAGUGGACUUGGGGUGCGAUUAACAAUUUAUAAUCCAGAUAACUCCGGUACUGUUGUUACUUGUGGUCAACCAUUUUGUAACUUAGUAAAUCAGGUUGACAACCUUGACAGUUGUAAGCAAAGCGAUCGGUGUCCAUAUGGUGUGCAGUAUGGGGAUGGAAGUUCAACUUCUGGAUAUUUUGUGAAGGAUACAUUGCAGUACAAUGAAUUAGUUGGAAAUUCCCAAAUGAGAACAGAAAAUGCAAGUGUCAUGUUUGGGUGCGGUUCUCAACAGUCAGGUGAUUUGUUACAGAGUGACCAAGCAUUGGAUGGUAUUCUUGGUUUUGGACAAGCCAAUACAUCUAUUCUCUCACAGCUAGCUUCAGCAGGUAAAGUCCGCAAGGUUUUUGCUCAUUGUUUAGAUGGAGACAAAGGAGGUGGCAUCCUGGCUAUUGGAGAUGUAGAAAAUGAUGUGCCAACUACUCCACUAAUUCCCAAUCAGUCUCAUUACAAUGUUAAUUUGAAAAGAAUAGAUAUUGAUGCUGCAGAUUUGGGAAUUGACCCAAAGGUGUUUGAAACUACUGACAAGCAAGGCACAAUUAUAGAUAGUGGUACAACUCUUGCCUAUAUAACGGAACAGGCUUUCAAGCCCUUGAUAACUGCGAUCAUGUCGGCGGAACCAAAUUUGGAUUAUAUAUUGCAAGAUGGCACAUAUUCAUUUGUUUAUGAUGGCAGUGUCAAUGAAGCAUUUCCAACGAUUACAUUGUAUUUUGAAGGAAAUUUGUCUAUGGCAGUUAAACCUAAUGACUAUCUUCUAUUAUCACCUGGAAACUAUUGGACUAUUGGGUGGCAAAACAGUGGAAACCAAGGAGAGGAGAACAAGUACAUGACAAUACUAGGAGAUUUGCUGCUGAAAAAUAAGCUAGUUAUUUAUGAUCUUGAGAGUCAAACAAUUGGAUGGAGAGAUUACAACUGUUCCUCAAGUAUUCAAAUGAAAGGCAACAAUGGUGCAUCUGAAUAUGUACAUGCAACAGAAAUUUCAAAUGGCUUUCUUAUCAGAGUGGGCAGAUUCCCAGUCUUCUUAGUUUCUCUACUGACAAUAGUCCUGCUUCAGUUGAAAAGCUUGUGAAAUGUACUUAAUUAUUUUUUGAUUAAUAUUUAAUUUUUGCAUGAAAUGUCAAUGCAUAUUGAUCUGUAUGUACGUAUAGUGCUUGGAAAGUUUAUAAUCAUUUAUCAAUUUUUUUCAUUUUGAAGUC